UGUGGUAGAUGGUGUGCUUUAGAAGUGUUUUGUGAAUAACCAGGAAGCUGUCACAGAUUAGUACUUGGGGUGGGUUAUGCCCUUAUCCGAGGGUAAGAAAUGAAGGUAAUGAUCAAGAGUCAGGGUAUUGUGGAAGCCUGCUGCCAGAGUGUGGGAGCGUAGAAGGCUCUACUGCACAAGGGUAGGAUGUCCCAGGCAGUCGCCUAAACCCAAGAGGAUGCUUUCUCUUCUUGAAUGAGGAGGCCAGGUUCUGGACUACCUUGACUCUAGGUUACCAUUUCCCAGAGAAUUGAGGGGGACUAAUAUAUUUGCCCCACAGUAUCAAGUACUCCCUAACCCAAUGUAGAGAGAACUCUCUGCUUGGAACAGCAGGAAGCACAAAGAGGAGAGAGCCGAGGGGGUAGGGAGGCAUCAAGGUACAAGCAGAGUCCAGGUCUUCAGGAAUCCCAGUCAGGUCCCCACUGAGAUUUGAGCUAGAUACGGGAGAAUGGGGGCAAGGGAGCAUCACUUCUUUGGUGGGAAAAGCAAUGUAAGUGAGAUCACUUAAUGUCAGAAAACUGGUCUACAGCUGAGGAACUCGGAGACAGCCACUCUGGAACUCUUUAAGUUGAGUUGUGAAACCAUAAAUCCUAGAAACCGUGCCUAGCUUCUAGCCACUCUCCUGGGGGACCUGGAUCAGUCCCGGGAACAUUCCUCCUACCACAAGCUGUUAGGCUCAUUCCACAGCUCAAGUUAGGGAGCUCAGAAAAGCUGAGUCCUGGAACCAUCAGCUGACAUUGAGAUUCCUCAAAGCAUUGAUGGAGAGUCAGAACAAGGCUUGACAGGAUCCUAACAAAUCUUUUCUCUCAUCUUAGCAGUGUUUGGCAGGAUGGGGGAGGGGGGUUCACAUGGGCUUUGCCUCCCCUGGAAGAACACAAUUUUGUUGGUUUAAGCAAAGUAGUGGGAGCUUCUGAAGUCCUGAGGGAAGUUGCUGGGACAGAACACUGAGAAGUUUUGUACCACUUUGUCUUCCCUGUUGAGCACCAUCUGAGCUGUCAAACUUUGCUGCCAAGGGGGCUGAAUCAACCUGCAGCAUGAAAUGAGUGGGGAGGUAGGAGGUUUCAUUGACACAGAUUUGCCUGUUCCUAAGGUUUCCAGGACGGAGGAGACUUCAUAAUUGGUUGAGAGCAGACAGACUUUUUGGCCAAUCAGACUCAGAGCAGAGGUGGGGGAUCUGCUCUUCCUGCCCACCUCUCCUCCCCCUGUUCCCCAGCUCCACUCAGAUUCAGUUCCCAUCCCCCUACCCACCCACCCCCGCCAUUUGGUGACUAAGAAGAACUGCUGCAGGCAGACAGACCUCGGAGCAGUUUUUAAGAGGCUGGAAGGAGACAUAAGGGAUUUCAGCUGCUACAUUCUAAGACCUGGGUCUACCUUGGAGACAGGACAGCACAGAGUCAGUGUCCAGGAAGGGACUUCUGGGUCAUGGGGCCUGAGACAUCCCCACAGCUCGCUGGGAAAUGGCAAGUGCUGUGCAUGUUGUCCUUGUGCUGCUGGGGCUGGGUGUCCGGGCAGCUUCGUUACUCAGUGGUGGAGGAGUCUGAGCCGGGGACGUUGGUGGGGAAUGUUGCUCAGGAUCUAGGCUUAAAGGUGACAGAUCUGUCGAGCCGCCGACUGCGGUUGGGGUCUGAGGAGAAUGGACACUAUUUUUCCCUGAGCUUGGUGAGUGGUGCUCUGGCAGUGAAUCAAAAGAUUGACCGAGAGAGCCUGUGUGGAGCCAGUAUGAGCUGCCUGCUGCCUGUGCAGGUGGUGACUGAACACCCCUUGGAACUAAUGCGUGUAGAGGUAGAGAUCCUGGAUCUCAAUGACAACUCUCCUAGCUUCGCCACCUCGGAGCGAGAGAUACGCAUCUCAGAAUCAGCUGCACUUGGGGCACGAUUCCCGCUGGAUAGUGCCCAGGAUCCGGAUGUGGGCACCAAUACUGUGAGCUUCUACACUCUAAGCCCCAGCAGCCGCUUCUCUCUGAAUGUGAAGACCCUAAAAGAUGGGAAGCUGUUCCCAGAACUGGUGCUAGAGCGGCAGCUGGACCGUGAAGCCCAGGCGAGACAUCAGCUGGUGCUCACUGCCGUGGACGGGGGUAUCCCAGCCCGCUCAGGGACCACCCUCAUCUCUGUCAUAGUGCUGGAUGUCAAUGAUAACGCCCCCACCUUCCAGUCCUCAGUUCUUCGUGUGGGGCUCCCAGAGAACACACCCGUGGGUACACUGCUACUCCGCCUCAAUGCCACUGAUCCAGACGAGGGCACCAAUGGCCAGCUAGACUAUUCUUUCGGAGACCAUACAUCUGAGGUAGUGCGUAAUCUCUUUGGCCUAGACCCUAGCAGUGGAGCAAUCCACGUGUUGGGUCCCAUAGACUUUGAGGAGUCAAGUUUCUAUGAAAUUCAUGCAAGAGCCCGUGACCAAGGACAGCCAGCCAUGGAAGGCCACUGUAUGAUUCAGGUGGAUGUGGGAGAUGCCAAUGACAAUGCCCCAGAGGUACUACUGGCCUCUUUGGUCAACCCUAUCCUGGAGAGCACACCGGUGGGCACAGUAGUGGGCUUGUUUAAUGUGCGGGACCGAGACUCGGGGAGAAAUGGUGAGGUGAGCCUUGAUAUCUCCCCGGACCUGCCAUUUCAGAUUAAGCCUUCUGAGAACCACUACUCUCUGCUAACCAGCCAGCCUUUGGACCGGGAGACCACCUCCCACUAUAUCAUUGAGCUUUUGGCCAGUGAUGCGGGCUCACCUCCCCUACACACACAUCUCACCAUCAGGCUCAACAUUUCGGAUGUUAACGACAAUGCACCAUACUUUAGUCAGCAGCUCUAUACUGCUUACAUCCCAGAAAACCGGCCUCCAGGUUCCCUUCUCUGCAUUGUGGCUGCCUCGGAUCCAGAUACUGGGGAUAAUGCUCACCUCACCUACUCCAUUGUGGGGAAUCAGAUUCAGGGAGCUCCAGCUUCCUCCUUUGUAUACGUCAACCCUGAGGACGGGCGAGUCUUUGCCCAACGCACCUUUGACUAUGAAUUGCUGCAAAUGCUGCAGAUCAUGGUGGGGGUUCGAGACUCUGGCUCUCCCCCACUGCAUUCUAACACCUCUCUGCAUGUGUUUGUCCUGGACCAGAAUGAUAAUGCGCCAACUGUGCUGCACCCAAGACCUGGCUGGGAACUCUCAGUCCCCCAGCGUCUCCCUCGCUCUGCUCCUCCCGGCUCCUUGGUCACCAAAGUGACAGCUGUGGAUGCUGAUGCAGGCCACAAUGCAUGGCUCUCCUAUUCACUGUUGCCACAGUCUACGGCUCCAGGACUGUUCCUGGUGUCUGCACAUACCGGCGAGGUGCGCACAGCCCGGGCCUUACGGGAGGAUGACUCUGACACCCAGCAGGUUGUGGUCCUGGUGAGGGACAACGGUGACCCUUCACUCUCCUCUACAGCCACAGUGCUGCUGGUUCUGGAGGACGAGGAUCCCGAGGAAAUGCCCAAGUCCAGCGAUUUCCUCUCACACCCUCCUGAGCGUUCAGACCUUACCCUUUACCUCAUUGUGGCUCUUGCAGCCAUCAGUCUCUUAUCCUUAGUCACCUUCACCUUUCUGUCAGCUAAGUGCCUUGGGGGGCACACAGAUGCGGAUGGGGGUGGGAGCCAGUGCUGCAGGCGCCAGGACUCCCCCUCUCGGAACUUCUAUAAGCAGUCUAGUCCCAACCUGCAGGUGAGCUCAGAUGGCACGCUCAAGUACAUGGAGGUGACGCUGCGGCCCUCGGACUCGCAGAGCCACUGCUACAGGACGUGCUUCUCACCAGCCUCGGAUGGCAGUGACUUCACUUUUCUAAGGCCCCUCAGUGUCCAGCAGCCCUCAGCUCUGGCGCUGGAGCCUGAUGCCUACCGGUCCCGCUCCAAUACGCUGCGGGAGCGGAGCCAGCAAGCCCCGCCCAACACGGACUGGCGAUUCUCUCAGGCCCAGAGACCUGGCACCAGCGGCUCCCAGAAUGGCGAUGAGACCGGCACGUGGCCCAACAACCAGUUUGACACGGAGAUGCUGCAGGCCAUGAUCCUGGCCUCUGCCAGUGAAGCUGCUGAUGGGAGCUCCACCCUGGGAGGGGGCGCUGGCACCAUGGGCUUAAGUGCCCGCUACGGGCCUCAGUUUACCCUGCAGCACGUGCCCGACUACCGCCAGAACGUCUACAUCCCGGGCAGCAAUGCCACGCUGACCAGUGCAGCCGGCAAGCGAGACGGCAAGGCCCCUGCAGGUGGCAACGGCAACAAGAAGAAGUCAGGCAAAAAGGAGAAGAAGUAACGUGGAGGCCGGGCCCAGAGCCACAGGGCAGCUUCCCUCCCCGACCAGCCCAGUCUCUCCUUACCUGUACCCCGGCCUCGGAUUUUCAGGGCUCACCCCCAGGAUACUGGUAGGGAUCCAGGCCAUGCUCCCCUUGGGAAACAGAAACAAGUGCCCAGUCAACACCCCCCUCUCUGCCCCCAAGGGAUUGAAUAUGCAAAGGGAGUUCUGCUGGGAACCCCCGUCCAAUCAAUUGCUGUGCCCAUGGGGGUAGUGGGGUUCGUGUAGACAACAUUUAUCACACCCCGUUUAGUUACAGCUGAACUCUGCCAUCUUCCAAAUUUAAUCAGGCCCAUCUACCGUCCCCUGCCUCCCUCCUGGCCACCCCACCCCACGCCCCUCAGCGGCCCCUCUUUCUCAAGGAAGGUGGUUGGGGUGUUGAGGUACCUGGUGACCUAAAAAGGCUCAUAGUUCUGAAGAGUUGGAAGGGCAUAAUAACUUGUAGGCCUCUCCAAUUCUCAGACUUCCCCCAAAGCAUGGUUUGGUGCCAGUCCUUUCAUCUCCUUCCAGAGCCCAAGACCAAGUUCAAGUUUUGGGAGACAUGGUCACGAUUCCCAUGGUACUGAUGCUUGCUGGAUUUAGGGAGGGCACUUUGCUACCAUGCCUCUUCCCAAAGCCCUCGGGACCAGUCUUUUGUUCUGUUUUUCACUGUUUGAUGUUCCCACUGCAUGCUGUGACUUCCCCUGCCCCAAAAGAGAGACUCCUCGCUGCAUGUUCUAAGACGGUAUGGGGUGGCAAGAUAAAGAAGGGAAGGGUGUGGGUGUGGGUGUGGGGGACGGACAAAGCUUGCCUUACCGCUUGUCAGGGUCUUGUAGAAGGCUCUGUAUGUCCCCAGGGUACUGGCCAGAUCCCCAGUUCCAGCCAUGAACCAAGUACCAGGCUGGACCCUCGUUUUCCCACAUGAAGGCAGUAAACUUUGGGCUGAGCUUUUAGCAUCAGUGGAUUUCAGCGGGCAUCACAGUCAAAGGAAGGUUUGAGGAUGUUUAGGACCAGGUCCCCUGGAGAGGUCAGAGGGCCCUCUGUGGGUGCUGGGUACUCCAGAGGUGCCCCUGGUAGAAGCAGCAGUGUGGCCCCAGCAGCAAGGGAGGGUCAGCUGGGCCAUUCUUGGCCCUUGGGCUGGGGAGGCAUGGAGCUAGAGCUGGGGCCGUGGACAGGAAGUCUCAGCCCCGGACCAGGGCCCCCGCACAGGGCCCCCGCACUCCCCAAGCCUCCGUUCCUUCAUUCUGCCAGGUGCCAUUUCUUCCCUGUGAAGGCCACUGCCCAGGCCCCCCCCCAAGUCUGCCCCCUAGUGGCCAGAGCCUGGUUAAAGUCCCCCAGUGCCUCCUUGUGCAUAGACCUUUCUCGGCCCACCCCAGUCCCGCCAGAGCCCCACCCCAGCCCUAACGGUAGUGUAGAGCCCCCUCCCUCUUUCGGCUGGUGUAGAAUAGCCAAUAGUGUAGUGCGGUGUGCUUUUCCGUGGGGGCGGGUGGGCGGAGGGCUGCGCGCAGCCGUCUGCCCUUGAAUCCGCCUGCGGCGGCCCGUGCUGUGUUUUGUGCUGUGUCCUCGCGCUGCGGCGACCCCCUCCCCGGUACUGACUCCUAGAAGUGCUUCUCUUCGCAUAGUCACGUAGCUUUCCCACCCACUCCCCUUCCUGUGUCUCACGCAAGUUUUAUACUCUAAUAUUUAUAUGGCUUUUUUUCUUUGGAAAAAAAAAACAAUUAAAAGGUUUCUUCUGAAAG